ACUAAAAAAAAGGUACGUUUCCACGCUUUUAAUCACUUCUUAUUUAUAUUUUAUAUCAGUAAGACACGGAGCUAAGCAACAUUGGGUUAUAAACGUUUCCGGUGAAUGGCCAUUCAAAUGUCAACAGUUCACGACUGUUAAUAACAUAUUCUUAUCGAGUAUGGGCGAUAGAAGAGCCUCGUAUGGUGAGCAUAGGGGCUCACAAGCCAUUGACAAUCCCCCAAAUUCAAGGCUAUUUGUAAUUUCCUCAAGACAACUUACCGAAGACGAUUUCAAAGAAGCCUUCAAUAAAUUUGGUGAGAUAGAAGAGGUUUGGGUGGUUAAAGAUCGACAAACAGGCGAAAGAAAAGGGUACACUUAUAUAAAAUUUUCUAAAACUUCUGAGGCAGCCAAAGCUUUGGAGGCUAUGAAUGGGAAGAUUAUUGGAAAUACCGGAAGACAUAUCAAAGUUGUUAUAGCUUCAAGAAGGGAUCAAGGGUCAAAACGGGAAGAUAAUGAAGAUGAAAAAGCACAAAGGUUAUUUAUUUUAGUUCCUAAGACCAUAACGGAGGAGGAACUGGAAGAACAUUUUAAACAAUUUGGUGAUAUUGAUAAUAUAAGUAUAAUUCGUGAUAGAGAAACUAAAGAUAACAAGGGAUUUGCUUAUGUAAAAUAUUACAAAUUCUCCCAUGCAGCUAUAGCUUAUGAAAAUUGCGAUAGAAAGUACAAAGCAGUAUUUGCUGAACCUAAAACGAACAAACGCAGCUCCAGCACAAACGAUUAUCAAGAACCCCAUUUAGAACCAUACGAAAAUUUAAGUAGAAACACUUCAUCCAGUUCUUUACCACUUCCUGAUUUGCCAAAUGGAAGUGGUUGUUCAAAAUUAAUUGUUCUUACAAAUCCCUCAGUGAAUCAAGAUCAACUUUGGAAAUUAUUUGAUAUAGUUCCAGGCAUGGAUUAUUGUCAAUUAAAAAUGGAAGGGAGACCAUAUCCUGUAAGAGGAGUUGGAACAGUAGUUUAUUCUCAUCCAUUAUGGGCUGCUUUUGCUAAAGAAAAGCUACAUGGGCUUGAAUAUCCCCCUGGAUCUAGGUUAAUAGUUAAAUAUGAAAUUGAUUGUGGUCGACAAUUUCCUGAUAGAGGAGGAUUUGGUUAUCAAAAACCUGGGGAUGUUAAACAGCUCCAAGAAGCUAUUAUACAUGCAACAGCUUUAAUACAUAAUUCGGGGUUAUCACCAGAUGCAAUACAAGCUAAACUUCUAAUGAGAAAUAAUCCCAUUGAAGAAGAUGAUUACGCUUUAGAUUUACCGAAUCCGCAACCUCUUUUACAUGUUGAUGAUCCGGUUGCAGCAAGAUGUUUUAUAGUUUGUAUGCCGACAGCCUUACCAUUGCCAACACUUCGAGAUCUUUUUUGUAGAUUUGGAAAUUUAAUAGAAGUUUAUAUGUUGCAAAAUAAAAAUUGUGGAUAUGCUAAAUAUGGUAGAAAAGAAUCCGCUGAAAAUGCCAUUAGAAUGUUACAUGGAAUAGAUAUUGGUGGAAUUCGUUUAAAAGUAAUGAAAGCUGAAGAACGCGACACUCAACCUAAACGUUUGAAAUUAGCGUCGUUUGCAGAUCCAUAUGAAUAAAGGAUAUUUUACGACGACUAAAACUACCUACUAAUUUGUAAGUACGUUGGACUUUUUACUGGACGAUAACGCAAGGACGAACUUUUACUUUGUACUAUUUUAAAAAAUCGCUUCCGACAAGAAAUAUCUCACGUACGACUGCACAAUAUUUUUUUUUUUGUUUUCUUUUUGUAUUAAGUUCACCAAUAAAUUUCGUUUAAAGACA